CGGAACACGCGGGAUAUGCUUUUGGCAAUCAUGGGUAUUAAACAAAUCAGAUCAGUGCUGUUUUAUAUUACGUGUGUAUUCCUUAUGCAAGUAAAUGCAUCUGAACUAAAUAAUGAUGCUAUUUAUGAAAGAAUGGCUGAUAUCAUGCUUGAAAAUAAACUACUAAGGCUCGAGUUAGAAGCGGCAGUUCGCAAUAUGGGGCAACAGGCUGACAGGAUAACCAACGUAGAAAAGCAGGUUGACAAAAUAGCUAAUUUAGAAGAAGCUACUGAAAAGAUUAAAACGCAAACGGACAAAAUAACCAACUUAAGAAAAGCCACAAGAAAGAUGAAAAAGCAGGAUGAGAGGAUAACGAAAUUAGAAGAAACCGUUGAUAAGAUCGAAAACAAAGCUAAUGGAAUAACUGGUAUUGAAACUGCGGUGCUAAAACUGAACACUCAGGUAGCAAAACUAGAAAAUAGUACGUUGAAGAAUGAAAAAGCUAUCUCUGGUGUGAAAUUUCUUGCAACGGACCAUGACAUGAAAGCUGCUAAGGAAAUGGACAAAGAGUCGGACCGUCAAAGGAAGACUUUAAACGAAGCUAACGGAGAAAUUCAGCAGCUGAAAACACGAACUGAGAAGGUUGAAUCAAGACAAGAGAAGCUUCAAGAGAAAAUCGAUAAAGAAUCUGACCAUAACACACAAACUUUGAAUGAAGCUAGUGGUAAAAUUCAGCGGCUGGAAUCAAGAAUUGUCAACGUUGAAACAAGACAAAGGAAAAGAGCGGCUUUCACAGUAUACUGGCCGUCUAGACAAAGUAAUGGAAUAUUAAAAUUCUCGCUUGUGCAUCUGAACGAAGGGUACGUCUAUAGUAAAUCAACAGGAAAGUUCACGAGUCCGUAUGCAGGAAUAUACGGUUUUACAGCGAGUAUCAUUGAAACUGGUAGGGGUGAUAAUCGCAUAAGUUGUAGCAUUAAGAAGAAUGGUUACAAUUACAUCUUUAUGUAUUCUUGGCAGGGUGAAAUAGACGGUACGCGUGCAACAGACGGCCGGGGAAAAGCUACAGCAGCAGCUACACUACAUCUAGUGAAAGGUGACAGUGUACAUGUCUGGUGUCAAAGUGUCACUGGAACUGCCCUUUACCACUCGUCAUUUACUGGCUUUCUUAUCAAUCCAGAUCCAUAAACUUAUCAUAUUAUCAUAUAUAUUUGUAAAUAGAAACACAAUAACUGCAUGUAGAGGGAUUACAAUUAGUGUUAUUAUUAUAUGGGGUUCACAUUUAAUGAUUCCAGUAAAGUUUAAUUUUAUAACUUGAAUAAGAAAGUACGUAGCUAUUUGAUUCAUUAUUAAUGGUAAUACAAAUUAUAUUUCAUUAAAAUAAUAAGCUUCUUAUUAAAACAUGUAGUCCAACAUUUUAUAUUCUAAACUCUGUGUUUAAAAUCAAUUUCAUGGAAGCGUUUCAUACAGAUCAUAUAGCGUUCAAAAUUAUGCAAAAUUAAACGAGAAAACUCAUCCAGGUAAACUGAAUGUCUAGCAGAGACUUUAUAUAAGUUUUUUAAAGAAACGGAAGUAACUCUUGUUGCAAAAAUGGACGUGUUAUAAAUGAAGAUUUUUUUUAAAUAGCUACGAAUUUAUUAGAAGAAAAAAUAUUAUGAAACGUUCAAAAGUUGCUGCGUAAAUGAGAUUGGUUUUGUUCAGCUUGAAUGAACUUCUGGUUAAACAUUUCAAUCUAAAUUUGAUAGGCCUUCCUCAAGGAAAGUAUAAAAUAUGUGAAUGAUUUAAAAAACACUCUUUCAAUGCAAAUAAGUUCUUCUUUUGUUUGUAUAUGAUCCGAAGUCGCGUUUCCGCGGCCACAAAUUUUGAAGCACGUUAGGUUUAACGGGACUAAAUCUUAAACUAGGGGGAGAUUUGGCAGAGAACACACUUUUUUUUUGAAAGCCAAAACAAACUACCAAGAUGAACCAUUUCGUAUUUUGACAAUGAGUUGUAGAAAAAGAAAACGGUUAUUACAGUAAAUGACUAUCAAGUUAUAAUAAAAUUCAUCAUUAUCUUCAAUAAUAUGGAUAUGUUCCGUAAAGUUUACUUUGUUUUGCUAGCUAUAACAUAAUUAUACCAGCAUGAGUCAUGAAUUCAUCUGUUGAAUAUAGAGCAAAAUUUUGUUCAACCCUUCACAUUUAAAUUGUGACCACCCCAAAUCAUUCGUCGCUCAUAGGCAACCUAUAUGAACGUUACAAAAUGUAUAGGCUACAACAUGUUUUAUUGUACCAGUCAAGCAAGAGUGAACACCCUUGAACUAGUCAGAUUAUUGUUAUAUCCUAUUUUUAAUCAAGAAUCUAUAUCUGAAAAUUCUAAAAUUCUAGCUUUUUUUUCUUUUUUUUUUUUUAACUUAUUCCAAUCAAAACAUAAAAUCUGUUACUUAAUUGACGGCACUCGGACAUUAAAGGAUAGAUUUCUAAUGUUUCUAAACUUGAGGUCCAACCCUUUUGUAUUACCACACUAUUGCAAAUUUACAUAAUGUAUUUAUAUAUUGAUGUACAGUAAUAUUAUAUGUCUUGCUGUUUCGCUGUUAUAUAUAUAUAUAUUUAUAAUUUAUCUAAUAGAUAAAUGGAUAAAAGCAGAUGAAUUCCGGAUAUUUUAAUAUGCUAUUAUUGUUGUUUUUUAUAUAAAAAUGCCAUCCCACGUAAUUGCUAUUCUUACUCUAAUAUCUGUGUUCUUACUCUAACAGCUUUAUAAUAGAAUUUAAAAUGAAAACAGAAGUAUUUGCUAUUGUUUUGUAUUUAAGGAUAACAUGGUGUAAUAGCCAUAUUUCAUAUCUUGUAACUGGAUGGUAAUAUUUAAAUGAAAUUUGGUCACUUUAAAGACAUUCAAAAUUAAAAACGUUUCACCGAGAGAUUUUUUCAAAUUUUAUCAUUUUUUGGGGAGAUAAUCGGUAUUGAAAUU